AUGGCUACCAAGGCCACGCUGGAGCUUACCGAAGUGGAACAGACCCUGCGCCAGCUGCUGCUCGAUGUUGCUGAAUACAUUGACAACAAUCCUCUUCCCGCCUCUGAGGCACACAUUCAGCUCCCCGAAGACCUGGCCAAUGCCAAACUCGUGCUUCGCUUCACCGGCGGCUGGGUGAGAGAUAAACUUCUUGGUGUCGAAAGCCAUGACAUCGACGUCGCAAUCAACAAAAUGACCGGCGAACAAUUUGGUUUGCGUCUUAAAGAGUACUUGGAAAUCCCGGGCAACCCAGAGAAGUACGGUCUUGAAGGUGUAGCUUCGUCAGACAAGGCUGGCACGUCUGCAAAGAACAAGCAAGUUGGCGGACUCCACAAGAUCGAGGCCAAUCCGGAGAAAUCAAAGCACCUCGAAACGGUGACGACCAGGAUUUUGGGUCUUGACAUCGACCUAGUCAACCUACGGAAAGAGACGUAUACUGAGGAUAGCCGGAAUCCACAAAUGGAAUUCGGCACACCGAAAGAGGAUGCUCUCCGCCGCGAUGCUACCGUCAAUGCUAUGUUCUACAACUUGAACACCUCAGUAGUUGAAGACUUCACUGGCAAGGGCUUUGAAGAUAUGGAGCUGCGCAUCAUCCGCACCCCACUCGAACCUUACCAAACCUUCAAAGAUGAUCCCCUUCGCGUCUUACGCUUGAUCCGUUUUGCUAGCAGGCUGGGAUACAGCAUCGAACCUUCGGCAGAGGAGUCCAUGGGCAAUGAAGACAUCAAGAAGGCCCUUCACAUCAAGAUCAGCCGGGAGAGAGUGGGCGUCGAGUUGGAGAAGGCGCUUAAAGGACCCGAUCCGCUCGGUGCCAUUCAGUACAUCGACCGUCUCGGCCUUUACACAACCGUGUUCUCAGAUCCCACAAAAGACCACAACUUCACUCCUCCUGCCAAUUGGCCUGUCGCGUAUCAGUGCCUUUCCAGGAUACUGCAAUCUCAAGAAUCAGCCUCAACGAUUGUUCGCUCUAUGGCGAUCCUGGAUGCAGAGGAUUCGUACCUGUCGUGGCUCAUCUCGGCGAUCGUCCCGUGGACCGAUGCACCGGAGCCGCAACCGCUGAAACCAGGCUCGAAAGCACCUCCUCCAGUAGCUUGCUCUGUUGCAAGAGAGGGCAUCAAAGCUCCGAACAAGGUUUGCGAUGUUAUGACGGCGUCAGUCAGGAACCUCGAGGAGAUCCGUGGACUCAAGGACAAAUUCAAUGUCCAACAGCGCCAGCCGCAUAAAAAGUCUGAGGGUGACGACGCUGGCGCACCCGACACUAUCGGUAUGGCUAUCCGCAAGUGGGGUCCAACUUGGAGAAAUCAGGCUCUCUUUGUGCUUUUGUAUGAGGUCUUGAACCAUCCUGAAGGAGAACAAGAGAUUAUUCGGUCCUACGGCCAAUGGUUUGAGCAAGUUCAAAAGCUUAACCUCACAGAGGCUUACGCCCUCAAACCUCUGCUAGACGGAAAAACACUUGCCAAGGCGUUGGAGACACCUCCUGGUCCUUGGAUGAGGUCUGCUCUCGACGUAGUCAUGGCUUGGCAACUGCGGAAUCCCGGAGUCACCGAUACGGCCGAUGCAGUCGAAGAAGUUCGGAUUCAUCGCCAAACCGAGGAUAGUAGCUCUGGCAAGCAGCAGGCUGGUAAGAAGAAGGGUGAGCUGACUUCCCACCUCGCAUCACACUUCCUCCAGCUUACAAUCCGUCCGCUUUUCGCGAAGACUCAAAAUCCCGCGGUGACCGCUCAAGGUCGUAAGAGCAUCCAGUCUCCUGGCCCUCAGAAGACUCGUCUCUUUACCGAGGACGAGUCUGAAACGAGACCUUGGAAGGGCCAGAAAGAAGGCUACGUAUUGGAACUGCUGCGCUGGGUUCUCCUCAAGACGGACGCCGAAGGGAUUGAGAAGAUCUGGCCAUCGGUUAUUCCGCCCAUCCUUGCUCUUGUCGACGACUCAGACCCAAAAUACAAAGCAAAGGGUUGUGACCUCCUUAGUCUGCUACUGGAAAUCACACCAUCUUCGCUGCUCAAACGGACUGGCCUUGCCCAAGUAUUCAAAGAUGCUCUCGAUCCAUGUCUCACAUACCUCCCAUCUCUCACGCCAGAAAGCGAGUCCAUUACUCUCCUCGAUGCUGCAUACCCUGCCCUCAUUUCUCUUGCUAGAACACAGCACCCCAUCUCCUUACCUGUAGACCCCCUCUCUAACGCGGCCCAUGAGCGAGCUAAAGCACUGGAUAAGCUGAUUUGGGACGGCAUUUUGUUCGCUCAUGCUCAUGCUGGCGAGCACGUCCGCAUCGCACAAUGCUUAUUCAUGCACCUCGCCUCCAUCAUCGAUGAGCUUGGUGUGCACUCUGUCAAGCACCUCAAGAACAUCGUCCCGCUUCUAUCAGGCACGUUGUCCGAGCCGCUCGGUCCUGCCUAUCCACCACUGCCAAUCCAAGCGACUCGUACAAUGCAAGUCAUGAUACAGAACUCAUGGAUGCGAAUCCAAGCGUGGAAAGCCGAAAUUUUGAAGGGGUUGUCGGUGUGCUGGGUGAGGCUGACGGCGGAGGGCGAGGAGAAGGAUGGGUUCGUGGAACUGAAGACGGAGUUGCGGAAGACGGUGGAUUUGCUGAAAAAGGCUCUUGAUGGUGUGGAAGGCACGGAGUGGGAGGCAGAUACAAAGAAGUUGAUCGAUGCAGAUGGGAGGUUGGAAGGAUUGCUGGCUUAG